AUGACCUUACGCCUUACUUCCGCUCCUGUAUCUGGUGUUAAGAAACGCAAAGCCCCUGCCAAACCCCGCGUCUCACCAUUUGCUUCCCAUGCGCGCCGCAAACCUAUCUCCGGGGGUUGCCUAAAACCUGCAGAUCUAGGUUUCGAGGAUCCGCUUCCUGAUGUAGGCGGGUCUCAUUUCAUAUCGGAGACUGCACCGGUUCAAAAUGUGCUACAGGCUAUUCAAUAUAUCCGUGAUGGUAUGUUCGAAGAACUUCCGGCACGGGCCGGAAUGAACAGCACACGCAUCGCAGAAGUCCUUAAUUUACGCCGGUCUUUACCCCCACUAGCCUCUGUGGCCCAUGUCCAUACCCUUUUGGAGGCACCAACACAAGUGGAAAGGGAAAUUGUCGAACAGAUUCAGACGGGUCGGAUUCGACGACUCAUUAUACCAGGUCGAGGCAAUGAUGCGGCAGGGUUGGGCGAUUGUUUGGUGCUAGCGGAGGAUUGGGACAGGCUGGUACAGGAAAGCCCUGCAUUGGAUCAACGAGUCAAGGAGAAAUUCCUUGAUAUCCUGAAGCGUAUGGGGACUUCCUCGGCGAUAUCGCAGGGAGUCUUCACGACAGAUGAGUACAGGGCAUUGCUCCGUGCCGGAUUUAUUGUAUCAUCGUCAUCUUACACGCAGGGCACAUUGAGUAUUGCAUCACUUCCUAAUCUACCUCAAAUGGCGACUUCAUCAGCAAGUCGAUGCGGGUCAAGCGCGCAUUCCGAGCGCUCCGUGCAGACAGCUGCUCAGGCUCGUGCUGCAACUCUCUUCUUGUCUCUACCUAACACGGGUACAUAUCUCCGCUUGCUGGGAUCAGCUCGUGCACAUAUGCUCGCUCUUCUCCGGCGGUCCGCUUCUGGCGAAGCCCCUCUGGGUCUGUUGAAAGAUCGAUGGGAUGGGGCUGUUGAGACUGACAAGAGUUUCCACGCAGCCAAGCGAGCCCGUGGCGAGUUUGCAGGGAUCCUGCCGGAUAAUUUGGUCAAGUCUAGAAGAUGGCCUUUGUUCACUAUGGAAUUGUUUAAAGAAGCAACCUUCAAGUUCUCACAUAAUCUUGACUUGGGCAAACAAGACAUCAAAUUUAACUUACUGCCUUCUCGCACUUCCUUCUUAACCUCCUCCUCUCUCCAUCUACCCAUCUACUUUCUUCAUCGCCAAGCCUUCAUCCAUCCCUCCAUCAUGCCGCUGAUACAACUAGAGCCACAUCUGUUUACCAGCCUCCCCCGUCACCCAGAUCUUCCAGGGGACGCCAACACCCCAGAUCUACGGGAGUUCAUCCAGGCCGUCCUACUUGAAUCUCAGCCUCUUCUUAACCAGUUCCCAUCGACAUUGAAACCAGACUACAAGCUACGCUCUUCUCCACCCUCAAAGGCAAAAGUGAAACUUUCACAAGGAUGGCGAACUCUCCAAAUCCCCCAGAGCUCUAACCCCAAAAUGGAAUUCUGGGUAUGUCGCCAAAGCGAUCACCAAGAUUCUGAUCGUCUGCCUGGAACAGUUUCUCUGUGGGAAUUCCACGAUGGGCUGCGAUACAAUCAUGCCGAGCACGAGAUGGAGUACACAUCCAGCGUGACGAGCGUAAAGCGACUACUGAAAUGGAACGAGCCCAGACAAUGGGUUUCCAAUCAACCAAUUAUUGUUGGAAACAUGGGCUACAAGCAUUUCGAUGUCGAACUCAACCUGAUUGUUCACACUUUCCAUCCGCGAGCACUAAUCCGGCCCCGGGCCUUCAUCUCCUGGACUAUGUCAGCGACCUUCGCCAGCUCAUACGAUGCAACCCGUUCCAACGGAGACUACGGCUUUGUUACGGUGCAGAUUCCUUUCUAUUUGCCCAAACCGCUUAUCCCGGGGUCCCCGUACGAGGGAAUGUACGCUCUGAUCAUGGACUCCGUCCCACAGCGGGCUGUCUUCGCUUACUAUGCCAGUAUCGAGCGGGUGGAGGUUCUGCCUUCUUCUCCUCCUGCGGUCUCUUCGGGUCCUUCGUCUACCCCUGCUAAAUCCCCUGAGCGUUACCUUCGGUGGACUAUGUUGACUACUUCUGAGGCUGGUGGGAAUAUUCCCAAGUGCAUUCAGCGGAACCGGAUGCUAGGCGGAGUGCCUCGGGCUGUUGUUGGUGAUGUGGGAUUGUUUAUUCGGUGGACUAUCAAGCGGAGAGAAGAGAGAAGACUGGAGCAGGAUUCUCAAAUGGGGGAGGGCUAA